AUGGUUCGAUCCGUGGCACGUAGGUCGGAGCCGGAAGAUCCGAGUCUAUCCAUCCGCCGCUCCCACACGAAGUCAAGGAGAGGAUGCAUCAUCUGUAAGCAACGAAAAGUCAAAUGCGACGAGACUCGGCCUCGGUGCCGCCGGUGCGAAUAUGGCGAUCGGCCGUGCUCGUACCAGCUUGACAUCCGAGAGGUCGAGACAACGUCAAGCAAGCGAGCCGCCACUCCAACCUCCGCCUCCCCCAUACCACAAACGACAACAACAGCAACGGUGACACCUGGUGCCUCUAGUACCGCUGAUAGCGCUGCCAGUGGCCCUUCUUGGAGUGCUAACCUAAUGGUUGCGAGUCCGGCUGAGCACGCCGCAACAUUCGACCUGAUCCACAUGAGGCUGCUGCACCAUGCACACGACCACCUUGCCGAGCUCUUAGGCAUCCAAGGUGAUACGAAGGCUAUAAUCGACGUCAUUAUGGACAAAGCCGACCACGAACCCUACGCCCUUGACCAGCUCUUGGCCCUGUCGGCCUUGCACCUCUCAAGUAAACACCAGGAUAUGCUGGUGUACUCUCGACAGGCUACAGAGCUCCAGACUCGUGCUCUGAGUGCCUUUAACCGAGCCCGUUGUGGGGUCUCGGACACGAAUUACCUCACAGCUUUUCUAUUUGCCAGUAUGCUCGCCAUCCACGUAUUCUACGACUCACUGGCUUUCCUGGAGGACAAUCUGAGUACUUUCAUCGAGAAGUUUGUCGAAUACAUGCGUCUCCAUCGAGGGGUCCGCGCCGUAACCGGCAGCCACUGGAAGCAGAUCCUGGAGUCCCAGCUCCAGCCGCUGCUUUAUGUCUCAGAACUGGCUCUCGAGGUGGAGAAGCUGCCGCCUGGGGAGGAGACGGCCCCCCUCGCCAACUUCCUAAAGUCCGGAUCUAGUUCCGCUUCGACUUCCACCGAUGCUUGUGUGGAGGCUUUGAACUCGGUUCAGUGGAUGCUUGACAUUAUCAAACUCGACCCAACCCGACGUGACAUAGCCAUCCAAGCCAUCGUCGCAUGGCCCGUGGUAAUCUCAGAUGACUAUAUCGAGGCGGUGUAUCAACAUAGACCCGAGGCCUUCGCGGUCCUUGCAUACUACGCUGCGGCUCUUCAUAGAUGUCGUGACUUUUGGGUAUUCAAGAGCGCCGGCUUAGGUGUUGUGGAAAUGAUUGCGCGGCAUAUCGGGCCUUUCUGGGCUGAAGCGCUUCGUUGGCCCCGGGAGGUAUCCUUGCCCUAG